AAACAAAUUGUUCGGUUGGGCACAUUCUUUAUAUCAUCCGUAGAUCGCUGUUGGUGGAAGGAUCAGAUGAGCAGCAGGUACCCGCCCUUGUGCCGACGAUCCCAGAAGAGGCUUCGAAUAUCUCAACUGGAUCCGCAGCUCUCCCCUGCAAUGCCAUGCAAUAUACUGCUUUAUAGUCUUCCUCCCACUUGAUGGCGGUAGUGAGUUCAGAGCACCAGGCGUGGUCUGCGACUGCGCACUUUGAUGACAGUUGUUUUGGUAGACUUUGCGUUGCAUAUUUUGCAAACUGCUGCUCUUGUGACACAUUGGAAUUGAUUUUAAGCCGCUGAAUUAUAAAUAUAACUAGUUUAAAAUAUAACUCGUUUUAUUUCGCCGGUUAGCAUAAAGGUAGCUUGACGAAACACCACACGGAAGACUGUGAUCCUCGGCAGAAAGUUAAUCUUCCGGGCAGGUUAGCGAACUUGACUUUUCAAUAUGAAGGGAUCAACCACAACUGAAGAUCGCUCGGUAAAAGAGAGGGUGUGAGAACCGGCAGCACACCGGAGGUAAAACGAUAAUGUCCCUUAAAUCCACUAAAGUGGCCCCGAGUGUUGACUUCGACCACAGCUGCUCUGACAGCGUGGAAUACUUAACACUCAACUUUGGUCCCUUUGAGACUGUCCAUCGAUGGAGAAGACUGCCUCCAUGUGACGAGUUCGUUGGUGCAAGGCGUAGCAAGCACACAGUCGUGGCAUACAAGGAUGCCAUUUAUGUGUUUGGUGGAGACAAUGGGAAGAACAUGCUAAAUGACCUUCUCCGCUUUGAUGUGAAGGAUUGCUCCUGGUGUAGAGCCUUUACCACAGGAAUCCCACCUGCCCCCCGCUACCACCACUCAGCUGUGGUGUAUGGGAGCAGCAUGUUUGUGUUCGGGGGCUACACUGGGGACAUCUACUCGAACUCCAACCUGAAAAACAAAAAUGAUCUUUUUGAAUACAAGUUUGCUACAGGACAGUGGACAGAGUGGAAAGUGGAGGGGAGUUUGCCAGUUGCUCGGUCUGCUCAUGGUGCAACAGUCUACAAUGAUAAAUUGUGGAUAUUCGCUGGCUAUGAUGGGAAUGCAAGGCUGAAUGACAUGUGGACCAUCAGCCUGCAGGAUCGAGAUCAUGCCUGUUGGGAAGAGAUUGACCAGAGUGGUGAGAUUCCUCCAUCCUGCUGCAACUUCCCUGUCGCUGUGUGUCGGGACAAGAUGUUCGUGUUUUCUGGUCAAAGUGGUGCCAAGAUCACCAACAACCUUUUUCAGUUUGAGUUCAAGGGUCACAUGUGGACACGCAUCCCGACAGAGCACUUGCUGCGAGGGUCUCCGCCUCCUCCACAGCGGCGUUAUGGCCACACCAUGGUCGCCUUUGACCGCCAUCUGUAUGUAUUUGGAGGCGCUGCUGACAACACUCUGCCCAAUGAGCUGCACUGCUACGAUGUGGACUCUCAGACCUGGGAGGUGAUCCAGCCAAGUCUCGAUAGUGAGAUGCCCAGCGGGAGACUUUUCCAUGCGGCUGCAGUGAUUCACGACGCCAUGUACAUCUUCGGAGGCACCGUUGAUAACAACGUUCGCAGCGGAGAGAUGUACAGAUUCCAGUUCUCUUGCUAUCCAAAAUGCACUCUCCAUGAAGACUAUGGUAAACUGUGGGAGAACCGCCAGUUCUGCGAUGUGGAGUUCAUCCUGGGCGAGAGAGAGGAGCGGGUUCUGGGUCACAUAGCCAUUGUUACUGCAAGAUGCCAGUGGCUGCGAAAGAAAAUCCUGCAAGCUCGAGACAGACAGCGUCAGAAGACCAAGCAGGAGAAUGGUGGGGAAGGUGAUGAAGGAGCAGCUGCAGGAGCGAGAGACAUCCCAUCGGGCAGCAGACUGUCGAGCAGGCAGCCGCAGCUUGAGGUAUCGAUCAGAGAAGCAGAAGCGCAGCCUUUUGAAGUUCUGAUGCAGUUCCUCUACACAGACAAGAUCCAGUACCCUCGGAGAGGUCAUGUUCAGGAUGUUCUUCUCAUCAUGGAUGUUUACAAGCUGGCACUGAGCUUCAAACUCUCACGCCUGGAGCAGCUGUGUGUGCAGUACAUCGAGGCGUCUGUCGACCUGCAGAACGUUCUCAGUGUGUGCGAGAACGCCGACAAGCUGCAACUGGAUCAGUUGAAGGAGCAUUGCCUUAAUUUUGUGGUGAAAGAGUCCCACUACAACCAGGUGAUCAUGACCAAGGAGUUUGAGCAUCUGUCCACUCCACUGAUAGUAGAGAUCGUGAGGAGGAAGCAGCAGCCUCCACCCAGACUGUACUCGGACCAACCCGUGGACAUCGGCACGUCUCUGGUCCAGGACAUGAAGGCGUACCUGGAGGGAGGUGGUCUGGAAUUCUGCGACAUCAUCCUCCUCCUGGACGGUCACCCACGUCCUGCUCAUAAAGCCAUACUGGCAGCACGGUCCAGUUACUUUGAGGCCAUGUUCCGCUCCUUCAUGCCCGAGGAUGGCCAAGUGAACAUCUCCAUCGGCGAGAUGGUUCCCAGUAAACAAGCGUUUGAGUCCAUGCUGCGCUACAUCUACUAUGGCGAUGUCAACAUGCCUCCUGAGGAUUCGCUCUAUCUCUUUGCUGCGCCGUACUACUACGGCUUCUCAAACAACCGACUUCAGGCCUACUGCAAGCAGAACCUGGAGAUGAACGUGACGGUGGAGAAUGUCCUGCAGAUUCUGGAGGCGGCUGAUAAGACUCAGGCUCUGGACAUGAAGAAGCACUGCCUGCACAUUAUUGUCCACCAGUUCAUUAAGGUUUCCAAGCUGCCCAACCUGCGGUCUCUCAGCCAGCUGCUGCUGUUGGACAUCAUUGAGUCGCUAGCUACUCACAUAUCUGACAAGCAGUGUGCUGAGAUGGGCUCCGACAUUUAGGAGAGCUUUUCCUCUCUGAUGUCACUUCCUGUUGUCAUUCCCUCCUGAGGAUGUUAAGUGUGCCUCUACAGCUCUCCCACUCUGCAGUGUUUCCCGUUGUCUUUAUUUAUUUUGUACAGAGCUUUUUACUCUUUUCUUUGUUCUCAUGCUACCGCUUCAUUUUAUGCUUCAGCAGUGUAGUGUGGCUGUGCAAGGUCCACCCCCACAUCCGAAUGCUGUUGACACAGUUAACUAUGGAGCUGUAUGAAUAACACUCAUCUAUCUGGAAACAGUUCAUUCUCGCACCUUUUCUCCUGUGCCUCCCUUGUAAUGGUAACCAGACCAGCGUGUCGCUCUUCUAUCUAUGUAUCACUGUGGCUUAUCAUGUAUCCGCAGAUUCCAUGUUACAAAUCAUAUGUAUUAAGCCAUCAAUAAAAUUUC